AUGGACUGCACUGUCUUGAAGUUUAACCAUUGUGCAAGAAAAAUCUAUAGUUUUGACAAAAAUAGUUUCCAAACAGAAAACACAGGGCGAAAAUGCCCAAUCUGUCAGGAGCAGAUGAGAUUCAGCCUCCUCGAGGCACCGGUCAUUGUUCCAUGUCCAUUUAGUAAUGGACACAAGGUCCGGUGCGCCUUCCUCAUUGGAUCCUCACUGGGACCUGCUUUUCUUAGUGAAUGGCAGGACUCGGAGCUGCAUGUUGGAGUUACUAACUCACAAGGUGUCGUGUACAGCUACACCUCCUCAGGAGUCCAGAGAGAGGAACAGGGCUGGGAGCAGUGCCUCUGUGUGCCGCUGGUGGCCCCCGGGACUGGCAGGGACAUCCUAGCUGGGACGCUGUGGGACAGUGAGCUGGAACAGUUCUCCCUCCUCUCCACCUGGUCACCACACAGGUUUGAAGAGGAGAGGGAGUUUGGCUCGUGUUGCUAUGGCUUUGCCCUGUCCUUCCUGAACCAGCUGAGGAGAGCAGAGGGCAGAGAGUCAGUCACUAGGGAUGACUUCACACAGCAGCAUGUCCUUCCUCACAUUAAGACUGCCUCCAAAUACAUCACAGUCUACCAAGAGAUCCAUCAACAUGGUUUCUACGUAGCUGAUUUAUAACAGUCUACCAAGAGAUCCAUCAACAUGGUUUCUACGUAGCUGAUUUAUAACAUUCUUGUAUUUAGUGUAAUUUUCAGAGGGGUUGGGAUAAAGCUGAAUGACCUUCCGUUGGAUCUUGUAUACAAUUGGACAAUAAAGUAAACUUCAUUGA